AGUUGAAUUUCAAACAGCAAGCAAUAAGAAAGCGUUGAACAAGCGCACAAAAAACUUCAAACAAAAUCUAAAACAAAUUUUUUACUAAAAACAAAGUGAAAGAACUGCUUUUAAAUUUUCCUAUAACUGUAAAGUGAAUAAACUAAAUACUAAAGAAAAAAUGUCAUCUCUACCAUUGAUCUUGAGCUUGGCUGAUGAUUUGAGCCGCUUGACACCAUUCUACGAACCAGUGUUCUACACUCGUUGGCCCGCCGUUACCACCUCACCCGGAGGCCGCUUGCGCAAAUUGGAUAAAGAUUUACCCGUAGCAACUGUGGGAAAAGAUGGCUUCCAAGCCAGUAUGGAUGUACAGCAGUUCAAGCCCAGUGAGUUGAGUGUGAAAGUAGUCGAUGAUCACAUCGUGGUCGAGGGUAAACACGAGGAGCGUGAAGAUGAUCAUGGUUACAUAGCACGUCACUUUGUUCGUCGCUACGCUUUGCCAAAAGGAUUCCAGGCCGAUAAAGUGGUUUCCACAUUGUCUUCGGAUGGCGUGUUAACAGUUAGUGUACCAAAGCCUGCCAUCGAAGAUAAGUCCAACGAACGUGUGAUCCAAAUUCAACAAACUGGACCAGCUCAUUUGAAUGUAAAGGACAAUUCUGAGGAAACUACCAAAGAAGAGAAAGCAAAAGCGUGAUUCCUAUAUACAUAUGUAUAUCAUUAACUUAAUUCAUAAGCAUUGUAUAAAAGUAUUCAUUUGAUCUGUUAUCAAAUUAUUUGGUUAUUAAGAAAAAAGUCUGAAAUUUAAGUUUU